AUGGGGAUCAACACCGGCAGCUCUGCCGACCCCAUUGUCACUCGGCUCGUAGCCGAGGACAAGGUGCCUUUUUGGAGGAAGCCAAACCUUCGAAUCAUGUACAUUUGGCUGUUCCUCUGUUGCAUGGGCGUCGAGAUGACCUCUGGUUUUGACUCGCAGCUCAUCAAUACGCUGCAGUUCUCCCCCAACUUCAACAAAUACUUUGGCGAUGGCUACCUGAACGAGGACGGGAAGCCUGCCAUCGAGCCCAGCAUGUUGGGAUUCAUCUCGUCCUGCUACCAACUUGGAUCUAUCUUGGGUGUGCCAAUUGCCCCGUGGUUCAACCAGAAGUACGGCAGGCGGUGGUCUAUCAUGACGGGUUCUAUCAUCAUGGUCAUCGGUGCUCUUCUGCAGGGUUUCUCUCAACACAUUGGCAUGUACAUCAUCUCCCGCAUGCUGCUCGGCCUCGGCAUCGUGUUCGCCAUUAUUUCGGGUGCCGCUAUGAUCGCCGAGCUUGGCCAUCCGAAGGAGCGCCCUGUCCUAACAUCCCUCUUCAACGCGAGCUGGUACAUCGGCUCCAUCAUAGCCUGCGCCAUCUCGCUGGCGACCGUUGAGAUCAAAUCACACUGGAGCUGGCGCAUUCCAUCGCUGCUUCAAAUCUGUCCAUCAGUGCUGCAGAUUGCUACGGUUUUCCUGCUGCCCGAGAGUCCGCGAUACCUCAUCAGUCAUGACCGAGACGAUGAAGCCUACGCAAUCCUCAUCAAGUACCACGCAGAGGGUGACGUCAACUCCGAGCUUGUCAGGGCUGAGAUGGCUCAAAUGAAGGCUACCAUCGCCUUGGAGAUGCAGCACUCGAAACAAUCAUGGUGGGACCUAUUCAGAACAGCCGGCAUGCGACGCCGUGUACUCAUCACUGUCUUCAUUGGCUUAUUCACGCAAAUGUCUGGAAACACCCUGCUCUCGUACUAUGCAAACCUCCUUUUCGAUAUGAUGGGAUUCACCAGCACCUACGCCAAGUCGAGAAUCAACAUUGCCAACCAGUGCUGGGGCUUAAUCAACUCGACCGUCAUGGCUCUCAUCGUCACGCGUUUUAGGAGACGAUGGAUGUACAUGAUUUCCGCCACAGGCAUGCUCCUCGUCUUCACCAGCAUGACCAUUUCCUUCGAGCGCCUCCGCUUUGCCAAGGACAACGGUUUCAAGAACCAAUCCGCCCAAUACGCGGCUCUGUUCUUCUACUUUGCUUACUCGCCAUGCUACAACAUGGGUAACAAUGCAUUGACCUACACAUAUCUCGUCGAGCUCUGGCCCUACGCUCAGCGCACCAUGGGUAUCGGUGUCCAGCAGAUCUUCGGCAAGGCCGGCGGCUUCUUCUCCACCAACGUCAACCCCCUCGCCCUCACUGAGCUCGACUGGAAGUACUUUGCUAUUUACUGCGCUUGGAUCUUUUUCGAGCUCGCCUUCAUCUACUUCAUGUACCCCGAGACGUACAACCGCACCCUCGAGGAGCUGGCCUUCUUGUUUGAGGACAAGGCAAACUACGACCAGGCCGCUGCAGCUGUCACGAAGCAGCUUGAUGCACCGGAUGUGCAGCAGGUGGAGAGUCGUGAAGUGGGAGAGCCCCCUAAGUCGCUGGCCUAA